CCCAUCAAUAAGUACAAAGAUGGAAGCAAUUACCUUAAAAUUUGCUUCGGUUGUGCUGUUUUUGUCAAUUAUCACGUUAUUUUUUGUUGCUUCUGCAGAUAGUAGUUAUGGAAAACCACAGCUUGACAGACAUUUGCCACCGAAGCGUGUGAUACCAAAAGAGGAACGCGGUGUGUACGAAAAGAGCAACCCUAAGAUACCAACAAAGCCAGUGAUACCAAAAGAGGAAUUUGGAGCCUACAAAAAGAGCAAUCCUACUGUACCAACAAAGCCCGUGUUACCAAAGGAGGAAUAUGGAGCCUACGAAAAGAGCAAUCCUAAGGUACCAACAAAGCCUGUGAUACCAAAGAAGGAAUAUGGAGCCGAUGAAAAAAGCAAUCCUAAGGUACCAACGAAGCCUGUGAUACCAAAAGAUGAGCAUAUUGGAACCUACGAAAAGAGCAAUCCUAAAAUACCAACAAAGCCCGUGAUACCAAAAGAGGAACAUAGAGCCUACGGAAAGGGGAUUCCUAAGAUACCGACAAAGCCCGUGAUAACAAAAGAGGAACACGGAGCGUAUGGAAAGAGCAAUCCUAAACUGCCCAAAGAGCCCGUGAUACCAAAAGAGGAACACGGAGGAUACGGAAAGAGCAAUCCUAAAAUACCCACACCAAAGCCUUUGAUACCAAAAGAAGAACAUGGAGCCUACGGAAAGAGCAACCCUAAGAUACCAAUGCCUGAAAAGCCCAAGCUACCCAAGGUGCCGGAACACCCCACCAACAUAGCCGUUCAAGGUCUUAUUUACUGUAAAUAUGGUUCCAAACUUAUCCCACUUAAAGGAGCGACGGUGAGAGUUACUUGUUUGGCCGUGCACAAGAACGGAUAUGAAUCUGCACCGUUUUCAUUCUCGAGUUGUCCGGCAGAUGUGAAGGGUUACUUUUUGGCCAAAAUAUCAUCAUCAGAGCUUCUAAAAAAUGAUCUCUGGGAGGUAACUCAGUGCAAGUCUUUCCUUGAGAACUCACCAUGGACAGGCUGCAAGGUUCCUGAAGAUACCAAUGGAGGAAUCACGGGUGCUCAUCUUACCUUUUCUCGUAUGCUCAACGGAUACAGUUUGUCAUCAGUAGGCCCUUUCAUAUACAAUGCAGGGCUCCAACCUUCUUUACCCAAAGAAGGCUACUAGAUCCAUCCAACAUCCAUCCUUCUAUUUAUUUUGUUUUCUUCCAAACACAAUUCAUUGUUUGUUAAUUGAUUUCUUUAAUUUUUGUGAUCACACGAGGAUGCAUGCGACUUGUAAGAUUUAAUAUUUGAUGUUGCUUUUUUUUUUAAUUGAAUUUGUCCUUUAAACAUGAAACAAUAUAUAUUUGUGUUAAAAGUUUAAGUAUUUCACACAAC